AUGAGCAAGAAUGAUCCAUGGAUUGAAACUUUCAUAUCAGUCAGGAUAAUUCUAAAUUUGAUCACAUUCAGUGUAUUCAACAUUAUGUUAUCUCAAUGCUUCAAGAAAUCAUCAGUGAAAACAGAUCAUAUUUCAUUGCCUACAAUGAAAGAUAAUCGAAAUCGAACUGAUAAGACACAAUCUUCAAUGGAAAAUAUAUUGGUGGAACAGAAGGAGGAAGAUUCUUUCGCUAAAAAAAGACCAAUAAAACGACUUGCAAAACGGAGUAUUGAAAUUCGAUUAAAAGCACCGGUUGACAGAGAACGAGAAGAUUACAAAACACUAAAAGGAAUUAAACUACCAAUGAGUGAUGCAAUGAGUGAUGUUGAACUCGAGAAAUGA